AUGGUCUUCAUUGAUGAUGAGGGCAAUCUUCAAGUCCGAGAAUCUCAAUCCAUUCAUCAUCCUGGGUUCAGUGUGUUCACUCCGGAGGUCUGCCGGAAUUGCCUCGAGAUUUCAGACGAGCAAGCCUAUCGUCAUCGGCCCACUCAGUCAAAAUAUCGUCCAUUGAAAUUUCAAAAGAGCGAUCAUAGAGAUCUAGCUGAAAGUACCCAUGGCAGCGAGGACCUCGACGUUCCGGCUAACAUGGUCUCUCUCAGAAUUGGAGAUACCAAGAAGGUAAUGGCGUAUUAUGAAUGCGCCCUUGUGAAUUUCCAACAGGUCAACUGCCGUAUGAUUGCCAAGGCGUUUAUCGGCCUCAUCGAGCCGAAAAAGCAAGUGAAACAUCCUUACCAUCCUUACAAUGGAAAGACACCAGCAGGAUCCGCUCUUGGCACAAAGAAAGAUCCAGAAGCGAGUAAACCCGAGUGGUGGCCCCCGGGUGUCAUGCACAAACACAUUCGUUUGGUUAUCGCCUAUCUAGUUGGCCGAGGGACGAAAUUUCGUGUGGCAGCCCGCAACUUUAGUGACCUAAAAUACACAUAUGCCGGCGUCUCUACCAACCCAAAUCCAUAUUGGGGUCCUCCAAUUCCGGAAGCUGGUGGGACAUCUGCUGCUGGAGGCGGUACCGCUGGAGGUAGAGCCACCGCCACCACCCGCGCCGGAGCCGGAGCUCUUGUUCUCAAAACCACCCUCCUCGGUGUAACAUAUGGAGAUCCAGGCGAGGAUACCAUCGGGUACGGAGUCGCCGAGUUAGACGUACUCCAUGAAGGGGUCGAUGGUGUCAGCUUCCUCGGUGAGAAAGGAGUCUUCGGCGUUGGUGGUCAGGUCCUGGGUGUUGAUGCUGUAUGGGGCGGUCUUCUCGACAUCGGCGAUGAGGUUCUGGUCAAAGAAGAGUGCCUAUGGGGAGCUGACAAGGAAUGGAAGAGGGGAGAGGAAAACUCAGUUCUCUAG